AUGCUCGCGCUGUGCCUCGCGCUGUGCCUUACGCACGGGGCUUUGGGGCAGAUCCGGUACUCGGUCCCAGAGGAGGCAGAACACGGCACACUCGUGGGAAACAUCGCGGAGGACCUGGGGCUGGACCUGACCAAACUGGCCUCGCGCCGGUUCCAAGUGGUUCCCAACUCCCGCAGCCCGUAUCUGGAGGUGAACCUGGAGACCGGGGUCCUGUUCGUGUCCGGGCACAUCGACCGCGAGCAGAUCUGUAAGCAGAGCGCCAGCUGCCAGCUCAACAUGGAGGUGUUCCUGGAGGAGCCCCUGGAGCUGUUCCGUGUGGAGAUAGAGGUCUUGGACAUAAACGACAACCCCCCGAGUUUCCCGGAGACGGACAUCACGGUGGAGAUCUCCGAGAGUGCCACUCCGGGCACGCGCUUCCCGCUGGAGAGUGCCUUUGAUCCGGACGUGGGUUCAAACGCGUUACGCACAUACGACGUGACCACGAACAGUUACUUCCACCUGGACGUACAGACUCAAAGCGACGGGACGCGCUUCGCGGAGCUGGUGCUGGAGCGUGCCUUGGACCGGGAGCAGCAGGCGGCGCACCGUUACGUGCUCACGGCUGUGGACGGGGGACAGCCCGCGCGCACCGGGACCGCGCUACUUGUGGUUAAAGUUCUGGACUCGAACGACAACGUGCCGGUGUUUGACGCGCCCGUGUACAGCGUGACAGUGGCAGAGAAUGCCCCCGUGGGAACUCUGCUCAUUCAGCUCAACGCCACAGACCAGGACGAGGGCCCUAACGGGGACGUGCUGUACUCCUUCAGUAACCACGUGAGCAGCCGCGUGAAGGAGCUGUUCGGUGUGGAGGCGCGGAGCGGGCGCGUGGAGGUACGGGGGCACGUGGACUACGAGGAGAGUGCGCUGUACCAGAUCUCCGUGCAGGCGCGUGACCAGGGGCCCAACGCCAUCCCCGCUCAUUGCAAAUUGCUGCUCACUGUCACCGACGUGAACGACAAUGCACCGGAGAUCACGUUCAGUACCGUGAGCGAGUCAGUGAGCGAGAGGGCGGCCCCGGGUACUGUGCUCGCGCUGCUCAGCGUCACGGACAAAGACGCAGGAGAGAACGGACAGGUGCACGUGGAGAUCCUGGGGGACGUCCCGUUCAAACUCAAGUCCUCCUUUAAGAACUACUACACUAUAGUGACAGACGGGGCCCUGGACCGGGAGCACGUGGACUCCUACUCCGUGACCGUGGUGGCACGUGACAGCGGCACGCCCCCGCUGGCCUCCAGCAAGUCCAUCCGCGUGCACGUGUCUGACGAGAACGACAACGCGCCUGCUUUCACGCAGCCUGUGUACGACGUGUACGUGACGGAGAAUAACGUACCCGGUGCGUACAUCCACGCAGUCAGUGCGCGGGACCCGGACGUUGGGGCGCACGCCCUCCUCCGGUACUCCAUAGAGGAGUGUGACAUCCAGGGCAUGUCUGUCAAAACCUACGUGUCCAUCAACGAAGACACGGGCUACGUGUACGCGCUGCGCUCCUUUGACUACGAGCAACUUAAAGAGUUCAGCUUCAGCGUGCACGCGCAGGACUCUGGGGCCACGCCCCUUGCCUCUAACGCCACCGUCAGGGUCAUCAUCGUGGACCAGAAUGACAACGCACCCACGGUGCUUGCGCCUCUGGGCAAGAACGGCACUGCUCGUGAGCCCCUGCCGCGCUCAGCUGAGCCCGGGUACCUGGUCACGCGCGUGCUCGCCAUGGACGCAGAUGAUGGCGAGAACGCCCGUCUGUCCUACAGCAUCCAACGUGGGAACGAGCACGCCAUGUUCCGUAUGGACUGGAGGACCGGGGAGCUGCGCACGGCUCGUAGAGUGUCGGUGAAAAGGGACCCCCUGCCCCGGUACGAGCUGCUUAUAGAGGUCCGGGACCACGGGCAGCCACCACUGUCCUCCUCUGCCUCUGUGCAGGUGCUGCUGGUAGACAGUGUGGCGGAGGGCCGCGGGCUGGAGCGUGGGGGGUCAAAGGUCAAAGAAGGAGCGUUAGAUCUCACGCUUAUCCUCAUCAUUGCUCUGGGAUCUUUGUCCUUCAUCUUCCUCCUCGUCAUGAUUGUGUUGGCCGUGCGUUGCCAGAAGAAGCACAAGAGCACAAUGGUCACAUGUAUGAGCCCAGACUGCUGUGUGGGCUCCUGUAGGGGCCCCUGCUGCUCCCGCCAGGCCCGGGGCCGUCAGAAGAAACUCAGUAAGUCCGACAUCAUGCUGGUGCAGAGCGCCGUGCACGUGAGCGCGCCCACACACGCACAAGUCCCGGUGGAGGAGUCUGGGAGCUUCGGCUCUCUGCAGCAGAAACAGAACUACUGUUAUCAGGUGUGUCUGACCCCUGAGUCUGCGCACACGGACCUCAUGUUCCUAAAGCCCUGCAGCCCCACGCGCUCCGGCCAGGACUCUACGUGCGCGGGCUACAGCGACCCGUGCGCAGGGUACAGCGACUCGCAGCCAGACAUCCUGUCCAACGGCAGCAUCCUGUCAGAGACCAAACACCCACGGUCAGAGCUCAGCUACCUGGUGGAACGGCCACGCAGAGUCAACAGCUCGGCAUUCCAAGAGGCAGACCUGGUCAGCUCUAAGGACAGUGGCCAUGGAGACAGUGAGCAGGGGGACAGUGACCACGACGCCAUGCACCGAGGACACUCCUCUGGUCAGUAA